UCACAAUAAGGCCGAUAGUGAGGCUCGCUCCGGAGCUCUAUCUAUCUGCAUGCAGCCCGCCGCAGCCGGGAUGAAGCGCAACAACCUUCACUUCACUUUCAUAUGCAUUUAACCCCCCAUCUCUGCUCUGCACGGCCGAGUCCUCAUGCUACCCCGACCCCAAGAUACAGCACCCGCUCCCCAUCAGCACACCAUGCCCGAGACGGGAGCGGCAGCUGCCCCUGCAGCCGCAGGCAGCAACGCGGACGCCGAGACCCGACACAGGCAUCGCUCGCAAGCGGAGGGAGAGAGAGCAGAACCGGCUACCCAGACAGCCUCCACCGGAGUCCUGGAUAAGCUCUUUGGAAAGAGGUUGCUGCAGGCUGGACGCUACAUGAUGUCCCACAAAUCCUGGAUGAAGACCGUGCCUACGGAGAACUGUGACGUACUGAUGACAUUUGCAGAAUCCACAGACGACCACACGUUGCUAUGGUUACUGAACCACAUUCGGCUGGGCAUCCCGGAGCUGAUCAUCCAGAUCCGGCACCACAAACACACCCGAGUCCACGCCUUCUUCGUCACGGCGACCUACGAGAACCUGCUGCGGGGGGCGGAGGAGGUGGGGCUGCGCAAACCUGUCAAACCCGAGUUCGGGGGCGGGACUCGCAACUUCUCCUGCGAGGAGGACUACAUCUACGAGAACAUCGAGAACGAGAUCUGCUUCUUCAGCUCGCAGGAGAGACAGAGCAUCAUCCGCUACUGGCUGGAGAACCUGCGGGCGAAACAGGGCGAGUCGCUGCACAACCUCCACUUCCUGGAAGGGCAGCCAAUCCUACCGGAGCUGGCCGCUAGGGGCGUCAUCCAGCAGCUCUUCCCGCUCCACGAACAGAGGAUUCUAAGCCAGCUCAUGAAGUCCUGGGUGCAAGCUGUGUGUGAGAAACAGCCGCUAGAUGAUAUCUGUGAUUAUUUCGGUGUGAAGAUCGCCAUGUACUUUGCCUGGCUGGGCUUCUACACCACCUCCAUGCUCUACCCGGCCAUCAUCGGCUUCAUUCUGUGGAUGCUGACCGAGUCUGACCAGACGAGCAGGGAUAUCUGCUGCGUGGUCUUCGCUCUCUUCAACGUGGUCUGGGCCACUCUCUUCCUGGAGCGGUGGAAGCGCCGGGGGGCGGAGCUUGCCUACAAGUGGGGGACGCUGGACACGCCCGCUGAGAGCCUGGAAGAGCCACGCCCACAGUUCCGGGGAGUGAAGCGGCUGAGCCCGAUCACUGGCUGUGAGGAGUUCUACUACCCCCCCUGGAAGAGAAUGCUGUUCCAGUACCUGGUCAGCCUCCCCGUGUGCCUCUUCUGUCUGUGCUUUGUCUUCCUGGCCAUGCUCAUCUGCUUCGAGCUGCAGGAGUUUGUGAUGGGGAUCAAGGAGCUUCCUCAAGUGACCAGGUUCAUCCCCAAAAUCAUACUGGCCAUCACUGUGACAGCCUGCGACGAUGUCUACAGGAAGAUUGCCUGCUGGCUCAAUGAUAGGGAAAACUACAGACUCCAGAGUACCUUUGAGAAAAACCUCAUUAUCAAAAUCGUUCUAUUUCAGUUUGUCAAUUCUUAUCUCAGCCUUUUCUACAUCGGGUUCUAUCUCAAAGACAUGGAGCGUCUGAAAGAGCUCCUGCUUGUUUUCUCCCUGUCUUCAAGCCUCUUGAGACAGACCAAAGACGCCCUGCUGCCCUUCCUCUGCCUCAAACUCCAGCUCCUCGUCAUCUUCAUAAAGCAGGGCCUGUGUGCCCGCUCCAGGUCUAAAAUGCUGGCCACCCUGCUGAUAAUCCGUCAGUUCCUUCAGAAUGUCAAGGAGGUGCUGCAGCCCUACCUGUAUGAGAGGCACAAGCUGGGGGAGCUGACCCCGAAGGUGCUGUGGGAUCUCCUCCUCUCCUCGGUGCUUAAAUAUGGGCGCAUGGCCGCGGGAAAGGCCCAGGCUUCGCCCUCGGAGGAGGCCUCUCCGGGUCCAGGGAGCGGGGAGAAGAAGUGUCUGAACGGGGGGUGCGGGGUCCCAGACGAGGAAGAGGCGGAGGAGGAGGGGGGGGAGCAGGAGAGGCAGAGCGAGGAUGAGGUGGAGAGCCUCAUGGACUGCGGCCUCAAGCUGAGGAAGGUGAGCUUCAUCGAGAAGGCGGAGCGGAAGGGGGUCGCCAUGGCGAUGCAGCUGGAGGACAGCUUCCUGGAGGAGGGCAGCCCCACCAUGGUGGAGAAGGGCAUGGACCCAGCCUCGGUGUUCGAGCUCUGCGAUGACAUCGACAACGGCUACCUCGAAACCAAGGAGGCCCCCGGAGAGAUCCUGGUGGCCCCGCUGGCCCCCGGCGGGGAUGCGCCCGUCUCGCUGCGGCAAAGGAAGAGGGGCCACUCUGCGGAGAGGGAGGAGUCCAAAACCAAGAGAGAGUCCUGGAUCGACCCCCCCAAAGAGACCUUCUCCUCCCGGCUCACCCAGGCGGAGGUAGAGAGCUGUAUGAAGAAAUACGAGGACACCUUCCAGGAUUACCAGGAGAUGUUCAUCCAGUUUGGAUACGUGGUGCUCUUCUCGUCAGCGUUCCCCCUGGCCGCCAUGUGCGCGAUCAUCAACAACAUCAUCGAGAUCCGCAGCGAUGCCUUCAAGCUGUGCACCGGGCUGCAGAGGCCCUUCGGACAGCGAGUCGAGAGCAUCGGGCAGUGGCAGAACGUGAUGGAGGCCAUGGGCUUUGUUGCCAUUGUUGUAAACUGUUACCUGAUUAGUCAGUGUGGGCAGCUACAGCGCCUGUUCCCCUGGCUCAGCCCAGAGAUGGCCAUCAUCUCCAUUGUCAUCCUGGAGCACUUUGCUGUCCUGCUGAAGUACAUCAUUCACGUUGCAAUCCCAGACAUCCCUUCCUGGGUGGCUGAUGAAAUGGCAAAGCUGGAGUAUCAACGCAGGGAAGCCUUCAAGAAGCACGAGCGGCAGGCUCAGCAGCACUUCCAGCAACAGCAGCGCAGGAAGAGGGAGGAGGAGGAGAGGCAGAGGCAGGCGGAGCACCACGCCAGACGGGAGAGGGACAAGGACGAGGGCCGGGGGACGGACUCCUCGGUGGGGGAGCACCAUCACGACAAGGGCCACAAGCCCCGCUCCGGAGGGGGCUCCGACAAGCCCAAGAGGCCAAGCUCCCUGCUGGCCACCAACAACGUGAUGAAGCUGAAGCAGAUCAUCCCCCUGCAGAGCAAGUUCAACUCGGGCACGGCCCGGUCGCCACAGUCCCCCACGGGCGGCAGCGAGCCCAAACUCCCCGGCUUCCUCAGCUUCAAGUUCCUGAAGUCUCCCGAGAACAAGAAGGAGGCAGCAGCAGCAGCAGCAGCAGCAGCAGCCACUGUCAACGAGAAGAGCCAUUCCCCCACCAAGUCCUUCAAUCCAGGGAAACUCUUCAACUUCGGGAAAUCUGAAGGGGGCCCCUGUGCCAACGGGGCCCAGGCCAGACCCGGGGGGGACGGCCCGCCGGACAAACUGCCCACCAAGUCGGACCUGAACGGGGCGCCGGAGGAAAUGCCUUCGACGGACUCCGAACCCGCCCACGGCGCUGAGCCCGAGCUGCCAGGCUCCAAAAACUAAACGCAAAAAGAACGCCGUUUUAACUUUAAAAAAAAAAAAAAAAAAAAAUCUAAAGGGAAGAAAUCCGAGUUGAUCACGCUGCUGCCGCACCUCCUUUUCUGUUCGGGAGAGUUGAUUGGGACCGUCGUUGGGGGUCAGUCUGGGUUGAGGCUAGAGGAGAGCCAUGUGACCGGUCAGCCUGCGUGGACACAGAUGGAUGUGAGGAAAUGGAGAGAUGAUGAUGAACCCCACCUCCUCUCCCCCCCCUCUCCCCUCCUUCAUCGCAAUACUUGUGGGACUGCAUAAGCUGUGAUUCUCAGAUGGUUUUCAAACCUUUUCUGAAGCGCGUUGUUUUUUUUCUUUAAUUCUUAUUAUUCCGCAGGGUGCAAAGGUGCUACGGAUUGAUCCGGUUUGAAAAUGUUGACGUCGAACCAAAGACUCAGAGUGUCUCCGUUAGGUCGCUCGUUACAAGAAAAUGAUGUGUUUUAUAAAUUUCCCAUUUCCGAUUUUAUUAAACACAGCCCAUUCUUACAGGUGUUCAAACUAAAGAAAGCAAACAGUUUUUAUCCAGUUUCAAAUUGCUGUUCAAAUCUCCAAAGAUGGUCUGUUCAAGGUGUUUGAAAUGUGCUUGAGAAAAAAAAAAAAACAUUGUUUCAAAUAGGGCAAGUGCCUAAAUAAAUACAAGCCACUGCCAGCACAGUGCUCGUCAGAGAAGUGCUGAUAAGAAGCUCAUACCUGUACAUUUAAGAGCCUUGAAAUACAACAGGUCUUUGUUUCCAGGUGAUGACUAAUAUAUAUAAUCUCAAAUGAAAUAAUGUACUAUACAGAAGAAUAAGGAAAAUACAUGGAUAAUUAGGAUGCCUGGAUGCCUCAAGGUUAAAAUAGAAAGGUACCUCCACUGUUUGUUUUCAGACACACUUUCCCUUGACAAUAGUAUGUUGCCACUUUUGAGCAAAAACCAGUUUGACUGUGUAUAUUUAUAACAUUUCCCAUUCAGAAUAGAAGACGUCAGCGUUUUCAAUGGAAUUGAUGGAUUUGUAAUGACGCCUCCUAUUGGAUCUGGAGCCAGGCAGAGCAUGCUGGGAGCCGUCCUGGUUUACACUGGCUGUGCCGCAGACACUCCCAUAGCUUUGUGCGUCUUGUUUUUACUUAGCGUCGCUGGAGUUCUGUGAAUACGUAUGGUAAACUGGGAUUACUGGCCAUUGCAGUGUAAAUCAAUUCAAUACCAGUUACCGGGCACCCUCUCAAACCUGGAACCUGCGUGAGGAAGGAGGGUUCCUGAAAUAUGCCGAAUGAAGAAUGCUGGUGUGGUUUUUUUAUUUCGUGUGCAAAGACAGUCAAAGGCUAGGGUAGCUUUUCCAUGUAGCAGCACUCCCUGUUCCGUGCUGGGUGAGAGGACCCUGAGACAGAGACUGUACAGGCAAAGGGAGGGGAGGCGCCAGCCCGCCUCAUGCCACAUGCAACAGCAGGAUUUCAUUAUUUACUGUACGUGGUUUUAGAAACGAGUGUCUUUAGAGUCGCUCUGUUUGUACGUCUUGGUGCGGUCUGAUUGAUUGAUUGAUUGAUUGAUUGAUUGAUUUAUAUGCACAUUGUUUCUUAUUAUUUUUGGAGUUCUUUUCUUUCUGUUGUUAUUGUUUGGAUCUUCUUUAGAUAAAUGAUUUGCCAAAGCAACACUGAAACCAGGAAUCUGGUAGGGCUUGGAUUACAAAGAGCCAUAUCUCUGUAAAACAGAAGGGAAACUGGUAUCUAGCGCAGUUCCAGUUCUGGGCAGCAGGUGGUGCCAUUACCCAACUUAAAAAUGUUACAAAACAAUUCAGAUAGGAGAUGUUCAGCCACAAUACCAUUUGUUUUUUUUCCACAUCCCUUAGGAGGGGAAAUGGUGCACAUGAUCUUUGGAAUUUGGGUCUAAAGUUGUUGUGGCUUAUGGUAUUAAAAAGAUCAUGAUGUAUGCUUUUUUUUUUUUUUUUUUUUUGAUGAAAACAAUACGAAAUGCGUGGUGGAAAAAAUAUAUAUACAAAAAAUAAACUAAAUUAAAAAUCUUCACAUAUAACUAACCCAUCAUCAUCUGAUCAGUCUGACAUUAAUGCAAACUCACUUAUUGUCACUCUGAAGUUUCAACACACUCAUGCAACACAGACGAUUCAACCAUGGACCAAAGCAAUGAAAAAAAACAGAAAAAAAACAUGGCUGCAAACGUCAAGCGAAUGGAAUUCUGGGAAAGGAAUUCCGUGAAUUGGAUUCUACCUCCCGAGCAAUAUUCCUGUAUAAAAACUUCCAUACAGAAAAGCUGUGCACCUGUCAGAGGGCCUUACAUAUUUCCUUACGCCUAGUUAGAAGGCGAAAUAUAUAUAUAUAUAUAUUUACAAAGUGUUAUUUACAAUGUGAUGACUUGAUUAUGACACUGGAGUCUGAGAAAAGUCCAUUCUUACUAGUGCUGAAAUGGUACCGAAGCCCAUAUAUGUGAAUGGAAAUGGAUUUUAAUCAGUUACAGAACCCCUAGACUAUUUAUUUAUUUAUUUAUUUAUUUUUGCUUUGGAGGCUUAAGGAAACGUGCCCAGUACAGAUAGAAUUAGCCAUCAGAGGGGUGAAUUUGUAUCUUCAGCAGCAAUAUUGUAAUCUGGCAACAUCACUCUACUGCCCAAAUGGAGCCUCCGGCUGUCAAGUGUGGAACCAGAGAAAGACAUUGAAUUUGUAAGCUGGCAAAGUAUGUAUGAUGAGUAGGGGGUGGAAUGGACGGAUCGCAGAUGGACGUGCCGAGAGUCUGAUAGAGGGAAUCAGUAUUGGGGUUUGAGAUAAAGGGCAACACUUUUAAAUGAUGAAUUAUUGAAAGCCAUUUUUUCUUCUAAAGUCUGUUUUUCUGAAUAAGAAAUCCAGUGUGACAUUCGUGAAACUGUUCCGGAACGCCGUCGGAUUCUUUGGCAGCAGUCAAGGUGACUGAUUGGUUGGUUUAUUUGUGAACAGCCAAUCACAUGCCUUUUUUUUAAACAUUAAACCGCUGUGUGAUCACAGGUAUGUGGAUUGAUGGGCGUGUGCUGUAUAUAAUGAAAGGGGGGCAGGGAUGUGUAGGGGGGGGGGGGUCACAGGUGAAAGACUAGCGCCUGCACGCCAGGAGAUUUAAUAAAAUGUUUCUGUUUGAGGUCUUCAUAAAAUACAUUGUGUGCUCUUCCAAAUAACUACUGUACAAAGAAUUUUACGGGGCUCUUUUAAGGGAAAAAAAAGGGAUUAUUUAUUUCUUUUAAUUUAUUUUGUCAUAUUUUUGUAAGAUCUGCAAACAAAAAUAAAAACAAUACAAAUUAAACAAUGGUGUUUUGGAGUUUUUAUUCAAUCCUGGAACACACACACACACACAUGAAUGAAAACAUAUAUAACUAGGGAGCAGCUAAGGUAAAGAUGAUCUUUUAAAAACAAGUAACACCCCUUAAAAAAAAAAAAACUGGCUGCCCUGUACUCUCCAUACUCAGUAUUUUUUUGUACAGCAACAUUCUACUAAAAAAACACUUUUGCAUUGAGCAUUUUUAAGAACACCUGUAUUUAUCUUAAGAUCAGAGCUGUCAUGUAUUGUCCAGAUCAGUAUAAACACAAUUUAAAAAAAAAAAAAAAAACCUAAAUCAACAACAGAACACAAAACAAAA